AUGAUCGUGCCAACCCUAACACAGAAUCCAGACAAAUGUGACGACACGAGGUACAUUGUCUGCUACCUGAGGAACACGUGUGGACUAACCUGUCAGCUACACCACCUCGUCCACUGCUUGAUGGCCUCUUACGCUAGUCGUCGCAUGCUUGUCAUUAAUUCAACACAUUGGCACUACUCGAACAAAGCAUGGAACCAUUAUUUCGAAAACCCAUCGCUUAACUACGGUGAAAAUCCCGAAAAAAUUUUCGGUUCCGACAAAAUUUUUAACAUGUCUAAAACCGCUGGCGAUGAAAAAUUUAAAGAGUUCGUCCACACACGGGCCCUACCACUUGAAAUUUUUAAACGGUUGGAAGGAUUGCACGGAGAACCAACCGCCUGGUGGGUGGGUCAGAUGUUGAGCUUCUUGCUGAAGCCCCAGAAAUGGCUACAGGAUAAAUUGGUGGCUGAUGAAGUGAAGCAUCAUUUUCAGAAUCCUAUCGUCAGCAUUCACGUAAGAAGAACGGAUAAAUUAAAGUCUGAAGCUUCAUUUCAUGACAUCUCGGAGUACAUGCUCCACGUGGAAAACUACUACCAGUACCUCGAUCUCAAACAACAAAUUGUCGAUAAAAGAAGAGUUUACAUUGCUACCGAUGACAUCAAUGUCAUUCAUCUGGCUAUACAGAGAUAUCCGGAUUACGAAAUUUUACACGAUGAAAACGUGGUGAAUACUGCUGUGGAAGUGAAUAGAUACUCAGAUGCAUCCCUGGCUGGCAUUAUCAAGGAUAUCCACUUCCUAUCGAAAUCAGAUUAUAUCGUCUGCACUUUUUCAUCCGGGGUGUGUAGGGCGGCCUAUGAAAUCAUGCAAACGUUGCACGCUGACGCGUCUCAGAGGUUCAGGAGUCUGGACGACACCUAUUACCUCCUGGGCCAGCCCAACGUACGUUACAUCGUUCGGCUGCACCACAACCCCGAUAACAACGAGCUGCCUCUGAAAACUGGCGAUGAAAUAAAAUUGCAUGGCGACCAUUGGGAUGGCUUUUCAUUAGGUUCCUAUCUUGAUUCAUCUGAAGCAGGCCUCUUCCCGUCUUAUAAAGUUGAAAAAGUUGGCCAAAGAGGACUAGUUUGA